AUGUCGGCGCCCGUGUCCUUCACAAUCCGUCCCCCAGGCGGCGGUGGCGGCAGGUCUUCUCGCCCGGGAAACUGGAAUGCCCCGAGCCAGAACAAGUUCCAGGGCGAGGACGACGAUGAGGACGCCUUUGGCCAGCACCACCGCCGUGACCGUGACCGCCGCGACAAGGGGCGGCCCGAGUCCAUUGACGGUAUCGGCGCCAACGGCCGCGCAACCGGUGGACGCAAGUCGCCUCCCCCGCUCGUCAUCCCGUCCUUGCCCAACAGGGACUGGCGCGAUUCUGCUCGUCGCUCUCAGCCAUCCUACCGCCCCGAGACCGUCAAGCGCGAGGCGGACGACACAGUCACGCACGAGCGGAUCAACGACGAGCCCCAAAAGUCUGGUCUCCGUUUCUUGAAGAAGGAGGUCAAGCAGGAGGACGAGGACAUCAAGCCUACCGUCGAGGAGCUCGACAAGCCCGCUGUCGCAGCCGCCGACCCUCCCAAGCCGCUCUCCCUCGAAGAGCAGGCUCUCCAGGCCGUGCUUGCGGGCAGCAGCGAUACUGCAGCCAGCGUCAAGGUCGAGAGUGACAUGGUCAUUCAGUCUGCUGCCGACCGCCGCAACUUCCACACCGAAGACGACGCUUUGGCGCGCGACCUCGGCGCCCUCCCACAAGAGUCGACACUGGACGACUACGCCGCUAUCCCCGUCGCCGCGUUUGGCGAGGCCAUGCUCCGCGGCAUGGGCUACAACCCCAAGAACAAUACCGAACUGCACGUCCCCAAGCCCCGUCCCGCCCUCCUCGGUCUCGGCGCAACUGCCCUCCAGUCCGAGCUCCCGCCGUCGCGCAAGGAAAAGGAUCCCAAGAAACGCCGCGACGCCUACGCCCAGCGCGGCGGACGCGGAUACAACGCGGCCAACCUGCUCGUCCGCCGUGGCGAUGACCGAUCAAUCACCAACUCGCCUGCCCCGGACUCGCGUGUCGAGUCUCGCGACGUCUCGAGGCGGACGAGCCCCGGCGCCGACUCGAACGACUCGCGCCGCCGCCGUCGCGAUGACGACGACUAUGACAGUGGCCGCGAUACCAAGCGCCGCGACGACCGGGACCGUGACCGUGACCGUGAUCGCGACCGUAACCGUGGUCGGUACGAGACUGAAGACGAGCGUGCACGCCGGAAAGCCCGCGAGAGGGAGAGGGACGACCGUGGUGGGCGGUACGAGACCGAGGAGGAGCGCGCGCGUCGCAAGGCCCGCGAGAGGGAGAGAGACUACGAAACCGAAGAGGAGCGUGCUCGUCGCAAGGCCCGCGAGAGCGACAGGGAGCGGGACCGCGGGGAGCGUAACGGUAGUGGUGGCGGCGACCGUCGAGACGACCGCGAUAGGUACAGCCGAGACGAUCGGGACCGCCGCGAUCGCGAUGACAGGAGGGACAAGCGAUAG